AUUGCAGAAUAAGGAAAAGUCUGCUUCAGUUUUCUUCUUUCCAUACUUGCUCAGACUUGAAAGAGAUGAUAAAGGAAGUACAGACGUUCUAUCCUAGAAAGCUUUAGCAAUUCUUAUUUUGGCCUCCACUUGUGUUCUUCCAGGUCAUUUUGCGCAGUUGGGUCAGAAAACUGACCUGUAGCCUGGCCACCGCACCUCACAGCAUCAUUUUCUCCAAUAAACCUGUACAUUACAUCACUCAGCUCCCGCUGGCACCUCCUCCAGAUAGAGUGCUCAAAGUUGUGCAUGGCUGACCGGAGCCACUCUGCAAACGCAUCUCGUUCCUUGCUGUCACCUUCUGGUUGGAGCUGAUUGAGAAGUUGGUGCUGCUGUAGGACCAAGGAGUGUUCAUCAAGCUGAUUAUUACCUACAUCCACCAGUAGAGAUGGACGCACAGAAGCUGGCCGUUUGGUGGAGUUGCUCGUCAGGGGGAUCAUGGGAUGGGGCUUAUUAACUGACCCGCCGCAGGAAGAAGACGGGACUGGCAUUACAAGAAGAGGCAGUACAAUACAAGUCAACACCCAGAGGACAGAACGGGAAACAGGAAACUCGUCCAGGCUCUCAAUCUCAACAGCCUUCAUUUAACAGAGUCGAAGUAAAUCAUGAUGCCUGGAUUUGUUUUAUAGAAAGAUGUCAGACUUCCCCACCUCCUCCACUCCCACUCCCGCUCCAGAUCACUGCGACUAUGGCGACUGGUAUCCCUCCUUCUCCAUCAUCCCGUCUAUCUACGUUCUGGCCUUCUUGGUGGGUUGCCUUGGUAACAGCUUGGUGCUCUGGGUGUACCUGCGUCAACCUGACGGGAUCAGGAUAGGAGACAAACCACAGUGUUGCUGCUGUUUCAGAGCCGAUCGCCAGCAUGCGCCUUCUUCUUGUGAAAGCGAACCAUCAGGACAGAGCCCCAGAGCUUCCUCUCAUUCCUUCACCUCUUCCUCGUGCCCUCCCUCCAUCCCUCGGCCCUCUUGCUCCCUCACAGAUUCUCUGAUAGCCAGUUUGGCAUUAGCUGACCUUUGCUUUCUUGUAACUCUCCCUCUUUGGGCUACCUACACGGCAAUGGGCUACCACUGGCCUUUUGGGCAACCCCUUUGCCAGAUCAGCAGCUUCCUCACCGCUCUCAACAUGUACGCCAGCGUAUUCAGUCUGAGCAUGCUCAGUGUGGAGCGGUACUGGAUCCUGACGGGACGCCGGCACUCCGGCCACCAGCCCUCACCGAGGUGUCCCAACAGGACGCUGUGGAUACUCGUAGCGGUGUGGGUGGUAGCGGCGGUCCUGGCUCUUCCUGGCUUGCUGCUGCGUUCCGUUGGGGAAGUGGAACUUGACCCCACGUCUGAAGAUGACCCUGGAUCUGUCGUCCUUUCCUGCCAGAUGAAUUACUCCAUGCUGGUUGGGGCAGAGCUUGAAGAGGCUGAAAAAGACAGGGCAGAAGUAUGGUGGGCUGCCGUGUUGAGCUUAAAGUCAACCCUAAUUGGCUUCCUGCUACCUCUUGUCAUCCUGCUCGUCUGCUACUGCUCAUUGGCUCCGCUGCUCAGCAGGCACUUUGGACAUGGCCCCCGUCCCGACCGCAGGCGCCAGCGCAGACUCCUCAGAGUUAUUGUCACUUUAGUGAUGGCCUUCUUCCUCUGCUGGAUGCCACUCAACGUCAACAAGACUGUCUUCAUCCUGCUGGAGUUGGGCAUCGUCCCGUACUCAUGUUCUCUAGACCAGGCUCUGCUGGCCGCUCAUCCGUACGCCACCUGUUUGGCUUACCUCAACUCCUGCCUGAACCCUCUGCUCUACGCCGCCUGUGACCCGGCAUUCAGGGAACGAUGCAGAGCAACUCUGCUCGUGUGGUGCGGGAUAUGCAGAAGAGAAGCAGAUGGAGACGGGAGGAAAGAAGAACUAGAGAAACAGCAGAGGAGCUCGACCUUUCCAGCAAGGACACAAGAGGAAAUAGAGGGAAGGACAGAAGAGGAAGAGGAAGAGGACAGGUUAUGAGAAGGAAAAGGAAUAAUAAACUCUUCAUAUUCAGUUCAAAAGCAGAAUAAAUUUGAAUCUAAAAAAAUAAAAGAGAAACUGAAUAUUUGUUGGACAUUGUUAGGUCUAGAAAAUUUCCAGCUGCCUGAGCAUUUGCUCUGUCCAGCUUGUGUGAGACUUUUACAGUUAACAUCCAGAAAUGGGAAUGUUCAUCAGUAUUUUCCCACAGGGUACAAUGGAGAUGUUUCCCAUAGGAAAAUGCACAUGCUUCCUAAAUUAUUUGAGGCAGAAAUAAUCUGGGGUCAGAUAAAAGCUUCUCAUGAUAUGUGUUAUGUGAUACAUUCAGGAUGUACUUUGGUUUGUGUUGCACUACUGUUUUAGACGUUUCUCUGUUUAUUUUUCUUUAUGACAACAAUAAAUAAUAAAAGGCCACAUCAUAUU